AAUUUUUGAUUACACAACUUCUGACAGAUUUAGAUAAUAAAAUAUUAAAAUAUGCUUAAAUGUAUUAAUUAACAUUCUGUAAUAUUUAUGUUUUAGUUUUAGAAUUUUAUAUUUUAAACCUACGAGAUAUAGUUAAUUUGCCAUCAACAUGCAGUGUAAUAUUUUUCGGAGUGCGGUAGUUAAUGUACCUCCCCUGGCAUAACCCUUGGUACAAUCGAUUUAUAAAUUAAGAAGAAUUUGAUUGUUUUAAUUUUGUAAUUUAUACGUUCUUAACUUUCUUUUCUAAUGUCUGAAAUAAGCCUGAAGUAAGUCCCACGUUUAUACUACGUUGAUACUUUGUUGCGUGAACACUAGCCAUGGCGUCGGCAGAUCUAUUAGGCUUGAAUAAAACUUGGGAACUAUCAUUGUAUGAACUUCAUAGAACUCCACAAGAGGCAAUCACAGAUAGUACAGAGAUUGCCGUGUCCCCUCGGAGCUUACACAGCGAAUUGAUGUGCCCAAUUUGUUUAGACAUGCUCAAGAAGACCAUGACAACUAAAGAAUGUCUUCACAGAUUUUGUUCAGAUUGCAUAGUUACUGCUCUCCGUUCUGGUAAUAAAGAAUGUCCUACUUGUCGAAAGAAAUUAGUAUCUAAACGUUCAUUGCGCCCAGACCCAAAUUUUGAUCUACUCAUAUCCAAAAUCUAUCCCAGCCGUGAUGAAUAUGAAGCCCAUCAAACCAGAGUAUUAGAAAAAUUGAACAAAAGCCAUAGCCAAGCAAACUUGGUGCAAUCCAUAAAUGAAGGCAUAAAAAUCCAAACACAAAAUCGUUUGCAGCGUUCCAAAAAGAAUCAACAAGAUGAGCUAAAUGAAAGUGGUUCGUCUACAUUGAAAACCCCUUCCAACAACCUUGGGCUCGGUAAAGAUAAUGUCACUAGAACAGUAGUUCAAGCAAAAGUAGCAAAGAAACUUAAAACUGUAAUGAUUUCUGAAAACGAUGGUCCAGCAUCUUUGUCAGCUGACAGAUCAGAUAUUACUGAGUGUGAUGGCUCUUCAAGAGGAGUAUCAGUAGAUGAAAUUGAACUGGUUUUUAAGCCUCAUCCAACUGAAAUGGGCAGCGAUAAUCAAUUAAUAAGAGUGUUGAAAGAAAAUUCUGUACGAUAUAUUAAAACUACUGCAAAUGCUACUGUUGAUCAUUUAAGCAAAUACUUAGCGAUGCGUCUUACAUUAGAUCUUGUUCCGGAGCUUCCAGAACGAGCUCUAAGCUUUUUAAUCUAUGUAUCACCUACAUCUGAUCAAUAUGUUCCACUAAAUGGAAAUCAGACUUUGGGACAGGUCCACGAGAAAUAUUGGAAAGAGAAUAAACCACUAGAAAUGUUUUACUCGUUUAACUAAGUUAUGCCAAAAUAAUUUGUAAAUUUUAACUUUUUUUACUCUUCUUUGCCUUUCAAAUAGUUUUAAGAAAUAUAAAUGAGAAUAAUAUUAUAAAUAUUAGUAUUAGUGCCUACUGCCUAUAAGUUAAAUUUAUAUUUUAUUUGCUUUAAAAUGUGGUGUUACAUUCUAUUCUAGUUAAGAGUGAACCACCCAAACAUGCAGACUAAGCUGUUGGACACCCUACGUGGAGUCUAUGCGCUUUGUCGUAGGUUAACUGUCAUACAUGAUUGCUUACAUAGCGUUGUAUUGUGGCCAAAUGGCAAAUACACUAACUCUUGCAGUAGGAAUCGUUUUUCUGUGGGUAUGUGCUGACACGACUAGUUUAUGUCAGUCAAUUCGCUUACUGUUAACCUGAAUAAAGUAUAGUUCUCCGCUGAGAUUGUGAAAUUACUUUACACUUCAGCUCACUUAACACGAAAAAACAACUUUUAUGAAAUAUAUGCAUAUAUUCAAUUUAUUCAUACAAUGAAAGCAGAUAUGUAUAAUGAAAAAAUUAAAGUUAAAAUAAACAUAAUAUAGAAACUCAGGAUAAUAGAAGAAUUUAAUAUUUUAACCAUAAAUGUAUUUAUGAAGUAUUUUAAAUGUUAUCAUAAAAAACAUUUAAAACUAUAGUUCUAGAUUAUGAUUUAUUAGCAAAAGAUUUUUUGAUUUUUCUUAAUAUAUUUUUAUACACAAUAGGUACUUGAUAUACCCUAGCCCCUAAGAACACUUUUUAAACUACUGUUCUGUGGUAUAAGUUCCAUACAAAAACAAUUCUAGUUAUUAAUGUUAUUAUUUAUUUAUCAAAAUUAUUUCGUUUUUAUUUUUCUCUCUUAUGACUAAUGUUUUUCUUAUAAAGUGCCACAUACCAUUUUAAUUUUUUAACAUAAAUAUGUUUGGGUUGGAUACAAGAUUUUUUGUUUUGACAUGGUUAUUUAUCAUCAAAAACAUACUUAUGAUUCAUAGAUUUUCCUUGUUGAGAAAAAAUAUCAAGAAGCAUGCCACAGUGGCGCAAUUAGGAUUUAUUUCAGGGGGGAAUAUGUCUAAAAUAGUUUUUCUUCCUCGACUCGAAAUACAAUAUACAUGAAUAUAUACUAUUAAUUUAUUAUAACUACAUACUUAACAUAUAUUAUAUCUGUACAUAGUACAUAAACCUCAUAAUAAUUAUUGUAUAAUUAUACAAUUAUCGUAACAUAUAAUGUAUUAAAUAAUAUGAAUUAAACAAUGAAUCGUUUUUUCUAUGUUUUUAAGUAAUCUUAGAGUAAAAUCACCCAUUAUAAAAAAGGUAGAGAAUAAUAUUUAUGAAUGUCAUAUCGAUUUCUCUAAAUAUUGUUUCAAAACAAUUUAAACAACAUUUAACAUUUUUUUGUUUAUUUUGAAACUCAAAUACAAAGUCAAAUAACAAUAAAAUCUAUAUGACAUUCCCUCAAAAAUAUUAUUCUCUAUUUUUUUGUAAUGGGUGAUUUUACUCUAAGAUUACUUGAAAACAUAGAAAAAAUGAUUCUGCGCAAAUUCGUUUUGUCUAUGUUGCGUGUGUGUCAAAGAGAAAACAAAAUAGUGGGCUGACAUCCUCUUAUACAAAAUCCCAACCUAACCGUACUAAAAUCUAAUGAAUAAAAAAAAACCAAAUUUAAUCCUUUUUAAAUUAGCCUAUCUUCUUCCCAGAGGUCUAAUCUACCCAAACUAUCUUUUUUAUGUAUAUAUUUUGACAAAAAAUAAUACAAAUCAACAAACAUGCCCCAUUAACUAAUAGCAACCAAUAUAUAAUACACUAUUAUUAUUUUUGUCUGGACAACCCUUAUCACUUAGGGGUAUGAAAAAUAGAUAGUAGCUGAUUCUCAGAUCUACUAAAUAUGCAUAUAAAAUUUCAUAAAAAUCGGUCAAGCCGUUUCAGAGGAGUAUGGUAACUAACAUUGUGACACGAGAAUUUUAUAUAUUAUUAGAUUUUAAUCUUUUAUCAUUUUGAGUUAUUUUAAUUAGAUAGUUAGGUAUAUGAUUUUAUAUAUUAUGAUAUUAUUUAAUACAUAAAAUACCUAUCACAAAAUACUUUUAAUUUUAUACAAUGAAUACAUAUAAUAAUUCUUUAUUAUUUAUGAACAUUAAUUUUUUUUUAUCAUAUUUAUACUUAUUCUAUUGUUUUCUAUAUUUUAUUUUCACAAAAAGCUUAGUUAGAUUUAAAUAUUAAUUAUUAGUUAUUACAUUUAUAAUUUUUAUUAUAAUCAUAAACUAUAAUAUAACGUUAAUUAGAUUACCUACUAAUAUUAUAUUUAAUAAAUACAUAAUGUGUAUACAAAUUACAUCUUACUUCUUAGUUCUUAAUAAUAUAAUAUACUAUUAAACAUGGUAAAAACAAUAAUAAUAAAAUAAAGUAUGUACCUAACCUACCAAACUAAUAUAUUAUAUAUUAUAGCCUAUAGGUAUAAUAUUGACAUCAGGUAAAAUACCAUAUGAACCUGUAACACCUCUAACUAUUGUUUUCUGGUAUAUGUUUCAUACAAAAAUCAUUUUAUAUUUCUUUCUUUUAUAAAAUAUGUAUUUCUUUUAAAGUGU